AUGAAUCGACAUGAAUUCUUUGGUGCUCUUCCGUUCAUGUGUCCAUUCUCUCAACUCAAUCAACACUAUGAGGAAUUUCUUCUCUCUCAUCCAUACAAGUCCAAUAACAACCAUGUUUAUUGUACAGAAUUUUCUAAUUUUUUACAACAACAGUAUUCUCAUGUGAUGGAGGACGCUUUCAUUAUAUUUGAAGGCUGUUGUUGCGUGAUGGAUGAUCGGGAUGAACAACACUUUUUCUUUGAUUCAGUCCAAACUGAUCCGGCACAAAUGAAAGCGAAAUUAAUUUUGAUUAAAUUGAAUGGAUUGUAUUUGAGUAAGGCUUUGGAAAGAAAAUUCUUUUCAUCAUCAUUGUUUGUGGAAUCAGAUUUGGAAGGAAAUGAGGAUCCAAAUGCGCUCAUUUACUCAAAGGUUUCUAAAUCUACAAUCAUUACUGCCAACCCCAACACCACCACGACAAUGAAUAAUGCAAAUAACCAUAUGAAUAGUAGUAAUAAUGGCGGAGCUAGCUCUCAAUCAAGCUCAUCCAAAGGAGAACCGGCAAAAAAGAAGAGAAAAAGUAAUGUUACUAUUGUGUCCUAUAAUGAAACAAAUAAGGGACGUAUACAAUUAUUGGAACAGUGUGGAAUUGUACAUUUGAAUCAAACAACAAAAAAUUAUGAAUUGCAUGAUCAUGUGUUUAUUCUUUGCCUCGUUUUGGACACUAAAUGUUACUUGAUUGAUCACACAGCAAUUGAAAAGAUCACUAAACCUAUACUUGCCCCAAGUAGCAAUAAUAGCACGCCUCAAAAAGAUCUCAAUUCAUCAAAGGGAGAUUUAUUAAUUGAUGAAGAGAUUUUGAAAGAGGCAGAACGCAUUUACAAGGAGCACUUGCAGAAAAAUGGAAAGACUAAGCCUGAGUCUGAGCUAAUACUUCAAAAUUCCAAGUCUAAUUUAGGGAACAGCACUCCCCAAAAUGAGGAAGAGAAAAUUCCCUAUCUUGGAAUUACUGCAUCAUUUGUGACUCUACGACUGUACCAUUUAAUGUCAGAAUAUGAACCACAAAGCGACAAUGACAAAAUAUCAACCACGGAGCAGAAAAUAAGUUCCUCAAAAAUGGCCCUCGAUCAAGCUCUUGCAUUGAUGUUGAAAUGUCUGAAACCUGUGGAUGCGAGUAUGAUCAUUAACUUGACUUUAGAAAAUUCGGAAACUUUACACAAAAAUCCUUCACAACCUAACGAACAACCACAAUCCUACCAUCAACAAGAACCAGAACAACACAAAGAAGAACUUGCCAAAACCUGCUCUAAUUAUCCAUCACUUGCAUUCCAGCAAGAAUUGUACAACAAGUGGAACAACAAUGGUGAACUAAUCUCUCUCUUGAAGAACCACCCAGUGAUUUUGAACAUUGGAAGUGAAAAAAAGGCAUCACCUAAAUGGUUGCAAACUGAAGAUGAUGACAUUUAUUACCGAUCAUUGACAGAUAUUGCAACAUUGUACACGAAAUCCAUGUUAAGAACCAAGUCUCAUGAUAUUCAACAAGAACAAUUAGCUCUCAAACAACUUGAAUCUAAGCACCUUAGUUCUAUCGAAAAUUUGUGUAAAUUAAGCGACAUGAGUACUUUGGAUGAACAGUCUUUGCAAAAUUUAGACCGUGAAAUUGGCAAGUUGAGAGAAAUUCAAGAAACUUUGUUGCUAUGUGAGAAGGUUAUUCCUGUCAAACCUUACUCUUAUUGA